GACUUGGACGAAUAUGUUGAAAAUUUUAAUGGUUUUGUUGAUGAGUGGGAAGAAUUACUUGAUCAAGAAAAAAAAGUGCAAAGAGAUGCAGACGCCGAUUUAAAUUAUGAUCUAGAAGUGGAUAUCAAUAAUUAUCUACUUAAUCAAACACAUUCUGCAAUAGAAAUUAAAGCUAAAUGGAAUAUUUGUGAAAUAUUUAUUGAUGGUUUGGAUGCGUCUUUCAAUAUUAAAUAA